GUCUCACAUCUCAUUUCCUAUAAUUUCAUUAUUCUUUUAAAGUUUUAAGGCCAGAAUUACUGUCAGUAUAUGUUUGAUUCAGAGUUCACUGUUUAGAAUAGCUGAAAAAGAAUGUGUUGUGAUUAUUUCAGAUUAAUGCAUCAGUAGUAAUAAUCCUAUGAUAGAACAUAUAUGUGGACAAUAUAUCUUUUCUCAGCAUUAUGAAUAUUUUUACCUUUGACUGGAUUUUAGCAGCUUUUAGCUCAGUUCAACGCUUUCAGGCAUCUUCCCCCAAAACUUUCAAAACUGCAGUUAUUGAGUCACUUUUUAAAAGAUCGAGGCUGGACACACCAACUAACUGCGGCCCGUUUCAAACCUGCCGUUCAUCAGUACGUUUAUUAUGGUCGUAAACAACCGCCCAAAUGACUCAGAGCUCACAGACAUGCCCACAAAGAGUUUAAAGGCCUGAAGCUUACCUACUGUUAGUCAAAACUGAAGAAGCGUCUUGGCUGAGAGGUGAGACGUCUUCAAGAAUCUGAAACAAGUCCACUUGCCUACAAUACAGCAGCGAGAUUUACCAUGACAUCGAUGACUGAGAACCUUCAUCAACAACGUUUCGUAAAAACAUGACAGAGUUUUGGAAAGAGCACUCGAUUGGCGCCACGGUGGAGGAGAUGAUGCUGGACUCUCGUGCCAGGGAGCUGACCCUGCAGGAGCUGCCGGAGAUCCUGUCCAUGCUGCCAUCGCUGGCCGGGUGCAGAGUGCUGGAACUGGGAGCCGGCAUCGGUCGUUUCACCAAACACCUGCUGACCAAGGCGGACCACGUGACGGCCGUGGACUUCAUGGAGAGCUUUGUGGAGAAGAACAGGCGGGAGAACGGUCACCACAGCAACGCUACCUUCAUCCAAGCUGACGUCACAAAGCUGGAUCUCCCUCAGAACAGUAUUGACUUCAUCUUCUCCAACUGGCUGCUGAUGUACCUGAGCGACGAGGAGCUGAAGGUUCUCAUCGAGAAGAUGCUGGGCUGGCUGCGGCCCGGCGGCUUUCUUUUCUUCAGAGAGUCAUGCAACCACCGAUCAGGUGACUCUAAGAGGGACUUCAACCCCACCUGCUACCGUACUGACGCACAGUACAGCCACCUGGUACAGUCAGUACAAGCCGAGGAGCCAAAAGGGGGCCAAAAGUCUGGUUUCGACAUUGUGUUGAAAAAGAAAGUUAAGGCCUACAUCGAGAUGAAAAAUAAUCCAAAUCAGGUCUGCUGGCUGCUGGAGAAGGUCCCUCGCUCCUCAGACACCGAAAAUGGAUUUAGCACUUUCCAGCAGUUCCUGGACAACCAGCAGUACACCAACCGUGGGAUCCUGCGCUACGAGAAGAUGUUCGGAGCGGGUUACGUCAGCACGGGCGGGCCAAGCACCACCAAGGAGUUUGUGGACCUGCUGAACCUGAAGCCGGGACAGAGGGUUCUAGAUGUUGGCUGUGGCAUCGGUGGAGGAGACUUCUACAUGGCAGAGUCCUUCGGAGUGGAAGUGCUCGGCCUGGACCUGUCAGAAAACAUGGUGAACAUCGCCAUGGACAGAGCGAUCUCCGAGAAGCUGCCAUCAGUCCAGUUUGAGGUGGCUGAUGCCACAAAGAGGACGUUCCCAGAAGGAUCCUUCGAUGUGGUCUACAGCAGAGACACAAUCCUGCACAUAGACGACAAGCUGGCCCUUUUCAAACGCUUCCAUUCAUGGUUAAAGCCCGGUGGUCAGCUGCUCAUCAGUGACUACUGCUGCGGGGAGAAGCCCUGGACGCCGGUCUUUGAGGCCUACGUCAAACAGAGAGGCUACAUCCUCUAUACACCUUCACAGUAUGGCAAGUUCCUUGAAGAAGCCGGAUUCUGCAAUGUUCGGGCCGAAGACCGGACGGCCCAGUUCAUCCAGGUGAUCGAGACGGAGCUGCAGAGAGCUGAGGCCAUCAAGGAGGAAUUCAUCGAGGAAUUCUCCGAGGAGGACUAUCUUGCGAUCGUUAAUGGAUGGAGAGAAAAACUGGGACGUUCCAACAGUGGAGACCAAAGAUGGGGACUGUUUUAUGCAACGAGGGAUUGAAUUGAGAAGAUAAUAAAAGAAAAAAAAGGCA